GCAAAGUGCAUUGUUCUGAACACCUCAACGCCCGACGGAAAUGGCGUUUUUUGAUCGUUCGCUCGAUUUCGCGGAGAAUUCGACAAAGUUGGAAUGCUUUCGCUACUUUGACGAAAAGGAUAAGCAGUAUUUGGAUGAACAAGAUUUCAAACGAUUGAUCGCAUCUUUAUUGAACCAAAAUGGCGAUACGCUGAACGAAUCCACAAUAAAAGAGUUGUUCGUCUCUUUCGAUAGUAACGCUGAUAACAAAAUAGAUGCAAAUGAAUUCGAAAAUGUCUGGAAAAAUUUUUUAAAGCCAUUGAAGCAUCCAGUUACAGCACUUCUAGUCAUUGACGUUCAAAAUGAUUUUAUUGAUGGUUCAUUAGCUCUUAAAAAUUGCAGUGCAAAACAAGAUGGGUAUGAAGUUGUUCCAAUAAUAAAUGAAUUAAUUGAAAAUAUACAAUUCAAUGUUCUAGUUUAUUCUUUGGACUAUCAUCCUGAAGAACACAUAUCAUUUUUCGAUAAUAUUCAACUUUAUGAAUUAAGCAAUGAAAAUGAAAAGAGUGUUGGAGAUCUCAAACUGUUCGAUACAGUUUGGUUUCAAGGUCCACCGAAAAUGGAACAAAAACUGUGGCCAAAGCACUGUAUUGCAGGAACAUGGGGUUCAGAACUACAUCAAGAUCUGAAAGUGCCAGAAAAUUCUGUUUUCAUAUAUAAGGGAACAAAUCCAAAAAUUGAUAGCUAUUCUGCAUUUUGGGAUAAUAUGAAAUUAUUUAAAACCGAGCUUAACGACUUACUGAAACAAAAGAAUGUGACGCAUGUAUUCGUCUGUGGAUUGGCUUACGAUCACUGUGUAACUUCAACGGCCUUGCAUGCGUCAGAGUUGGGGUUUGCUACUGUGGUUAUAGAAGAUGCAACACGGCUAAUUGACGAAAAUAAUAAAGAAUUAAUUACAGAAAAAUUAGUGUCCAACAAUUGUGUUUUGGCAUCGUGUUCGGAAAUGGAUAAUUUAAUCAAAGGGAAAGAUAUUAGGAUUGAAUUUGGGCAAAUCUUUGCUAAGUUUAAUAUGAAGAAUUGAAUGUGCUUUUAAAACGAUUUGCUUUUAGUAAAUCAGCAAUUAUAUCAAUUUUCUCAUUUCUCUUGCAUAAUUCAAAUUCACGUAAAAUAGUGGUAACAACUGUUAAAAAAUAUGUGCUCGUGUUUAAUCAUAAAAUAAAACCAAACCCUGUGAAUCAAUUUUAUUGAAAGUAUUACAGAAAGGAUGUUCGAAUCGCGGAAUUUUCUUCCAAUAUGCCUCAGAUUUUACUCUGGUUUAUUUAAUCCUAAGUUGACUUUACAAGAAAGGUCCAAAUCGACUCCCCAAAUAUUGCGCGCUAAACCGGCUUGGCAAGUAAUACUUCUGUUUUAAUUUGCAUGGUUUGUCUAGUUGCUUAUUUUAAUCUAAUAUGCUGUAUGGAUCUGGCGAUUCGUUUUUAUCAUGCCAAUUAUGAAUCAACGGAUUUAUAAUACUAUGUAAAUUUCCAUACUACAACCAACAGAUUUCUUUAAACUCUUUCUUUAAAAAAAAAUGUUAAUUCUUAGUUUUGUUGCUUUUGACCAUCGAUUAACUUUUUGAUGCAUUCAUAC